GACUGCAUCGUGUCCCCCGCGAACUCGUUCGGGAUCAUGGACGGCGGAUUCGACCUUGUUCUCUCGCGCGCGUUCCAAGGAAGGUCCGCGGACGUCUAUGCCCUGACGGACCACGUCCAGGCGACGCUUGGGACGCGGUGGGGCGGAUUUGCACCGGCAGGGACGUGCACGCUCGUGCCGCUUCCGGCGGGAGUAUCCGGACGUGAGGGGAACAAGUGGGGGACGCAUACGCUGGCCGUUCUGCCCACGAUGAAGGAACCAGAGUGGGUAGGGUGGAAUCGGGAGCUGGUGUACAACGGCAUGUGGUCGCUGCUGUGCGAGAUCGGGCGGUGGAAUGAGGAAGCUGAGGGCGCGGGUCGCGAUCCCGGCGGGAGUCGGUGCCUGGAGGCGAAGAGGGAGGGUGAGAAGAACGGGCAGGAACGCAUCGAGCGGGUGGUCAUGACGGGGCUGGGGACGGGGACAGGAGGGGUCAGCGCGGCACGGUGCGGGCGGCAGAUGGUGCUGGCAGUGAAGCACUAUCUGCAAGGGCUGCCAGAGAAGGUGCGAUGG